UGGUAGUUUUGAUCAAAUGAACCCAUGACCUAUCACCGUAAUCUGUGUUUUAAAUCCCGGAUUAGCACUGUUUUCCUGAAACCGUCAGGUGAAGAUGUCCUCUCCGGCCGGGCUCUGGUCCUCCCAGGGAGACUUCCUGGCCCGGUGGAUGCCGAGCAGCAGCAGAGCCGGGGUGAUCCUCAGCCCCUCCCCGGACCUGAGUGCACCACUGCGGGGUGUCCCUGCCCCGGGCCCCGCCCCGGGCCCCGCGCCGCCUCCCCGGGCGCCGGACGACUCCUUCUCCUCAGACUUCGCCCCUCUGCCCGGGUCGGUGGACAGCAGCUGCGCGGGGAUGGACGGGUGUCCGCGGCCGCUGGGGGGAGAAGCUGCUGGGGCUGAGAGGACCGGGGACAGUCCAGCCCCUGGAUCAACCACAGCUCUGAUCACACGGCUCAGCAGACUGGACCAAGUGGCCGACACAUCCCGGGAUCUGCCUCUCAUGAUGAAGCUGGAUAAGCUGAGGCAGUGGCAGCAGCACAUGCAGGAGCAGCUAAAAGCCCAUCAGUUGGAAGAGCUACUGCAGCUGCAGGAGGAACAACAGAGGCUACUGGGCAUUGCAACUGGAUCUAAAAUCUGCAACGGAGAGAGUACAGAGUCAUCAGGAGAAGAAUGGGAUGAAGAUGAGCUCCACCCCGGUUCUGAUAUGAACCGACAGCCGCUCUCACCACCAGGGGAACUGGAGCAGCCGUCUAAAGGACAAGGUCACGAGGAAGACGGCAUGUGGAACUCCAGAGAAGAGGAUGAGAAGGACGACACAUUAGUAGAACCUGACGGUGUGUCUGAAGACCUCCGCAGGAAGGAGGGGAACAGCUUCCUUGACAGACCCAUAAGGCCAGGUAUUGGAGGUCAGAAGCAGACGUUUGAGGAGCUGCUGGAAGAGGAGCUGAGACUCGAGGAGCAGAGACUGAAGUCUGCACAGCAACAACAGAGGCAAAAUGAAGCUAAAGCUGCAGCAGCUCCUCCCAAGAGGGCUUUUCUCAGGCGAGGCGACGGUCUCUCUAGAUUCAACAACAAAGCUUCAUUACAAAGAGUGGAGGAUAAGAAGGAGCACAGGGGACACGCCCAAGCCAUAGGACUCUCAUGCAGCAGCUCAGCAUCUACUCCUGGCCAGAGAGGUGGUUCAAACACUGGCCAGAGACUUUCUGUUCAACGCAAAACUGCCUCACUCAACAAAGAGAACCGAGCAAUGGGGCCUUGUUUACCUCCUCAGGGUAAUAGAGCAGAAGUCAAGACAAACGGCACAAAGGUUUUAAGUAGUCAGAGACAGAACACGGACGGACCAGAGCUGGGAAAGACCAGACAACACCGGCUGGAACAAGUGAAGGAGUACAGUGACAGAAACGUGGACCAGUCCAUGCAGGUUCUGAGGAGCUGUGAUCCGAACCAACAGCCGAACGCUGCAGCCAGACAGGCGGGCGCCAGCGCGAGGCCGCCCAAGGCUGGCGGUGAUGCUGCAGGAGAGAAGCGCUUUGGUUCAGGAGCUCCAUUUCCAAUGAGGACUCAGUCAGGGCAGGAAGCUGGAGCUCCACAGGAUUCCUUUGAGUCAUCCUUUAGGGAAAAGGUCCAGCGCUGGGAGUGUAACAAGCAGCUGGAAACCAUGGAGCUGGGAGAGUUUGAGCUGCUGGAGCAAGCAGCCGAGGAACUGUCCUUCUCAUCCAACUCAUCGUUUGUCAUCAAGGUUCUUCAGAUGGACCAGCAGAACCGGCAGCUGCAGAAUGCCAGGGGCCUCCACCAGAGACGACUGUCCUCCACUCCCAUCAAAUCCUCCUGCAGAGGGGAAGCCCAGACGCUUAGUGUUCAGCAGGGAGAACCUUCAUCUGUGCCACUGGUGCGGGCUGAUGCGUUGAGCAGCAAAGUCCUCAGUGAGGCUGAGGACGGACAUGACAGUGAAAGAGACGGCGAGCCUGAGGUCUCUGACAUUUCCUCUGGGGGUGGCUCUGAGAGUGGAGAGGAAGUCAUGGUCAGAGUCUGCUUCCCUGCACCAUCCAACCCUCCGUAUGACAAGCGGUCUUACGAAGAUGAGGAUAGCUUCAGGGACUCCACGUCGGAGGUGACGGCGGAGGACGGUGGGGAGAGUGACGGCGACUCCACACUGAUGGAGGACAAAGACGUCCGGCAGGGGAGGGUUGUGUUUGAUGAUGAUGAUACGUGGAACGACCUGGAAGACGCUGCUGUCAGCGAAGUCAGUGUCAGCAGAGACAUCAGUCCCGUUUCUAAGUCCACAGCUAAGGCGGUUUCACCAGUGGAGAAGACUCUGUUGAGGAAGGUGGCAGUGAAGAAACGCGUGGAGGCGGAUGAAGAGCCGGAGCCCGAUCCUCCACCGGCCUCUCAGCUCAUGACCAAGUUAUUCCCCUCACUGAAGCCAAAAGCCAAGAACGGACCUCCGCCUCCGCCUCCUGCCGACCUGGAGUCCAACAAGCCCAAGGAUGACACAGGCCAGCAGGCUCAGUCCAGGCAGCUCAGAGAGAAACUGAUUGAGCUGGAGAUCGAGAUUGAAAGAUUUAAGAAGGAGAACGCCGCGCUCACCAAGCUCAGACAAGAGAACAAGAAAAAUCAGGAAGAUCUCAGGAAACAGAGCUUGGAGUUUGAGCAGACCAAAGCAGAGGAGCUGGCCAAGUUUGAAGAGUACAAGAAAGAGGAAAACAGGAAGUUGCAGAAGGAGCGUAGGCUGUUUGAGAAGCACGCGUCAGCCGCCAGAGCCAUUCCUGACAAGAAGGAGCGAGAGGAAAUCCAGUCCCUGAAGCAGCAGCUGAGCUCUGUGCAGGAGGAGGUGAAGAGGAAGGAGAGCCGCUGGGCCUCCACUCACACGCGGCUGCGGCAGCAGCUCGACUCCCUGAACCGGGAGAACGGCUCCCUCCGGGACGAGAUCCGAAUGCUGGAGAAGCUGCGCCUCAGUGCCUGGAAGAAAAGUUCCCUCGGUGCAGAAGACGACAUUGAACGGAGAGAUAACGCACCGACUCUGACAAAAGGAGUUACAUUUGCUAGUCCUGUUGCCUCCAAAGGAGGCGGCUGCAGCCCUGCGCCGCCCUGCACCGCUGCAGCCACCAGGGGGAGCUCUAAGGAUGCAGCGAUGAAAAGCAGCUUGAAGAGGUCGUCUGGGUCAGGUUCUUCAUCCUCCUCCUCCUCCUCCUCGUCCUUACCUGACCGGAGAGAAAGCAGUCCAGCAGCUGUGGAGCUCUGCUCUCCAGAAAGAGGCAUCAUCGCUUCUUCUCUCAGUCCUCAGAGAGCAGACCAGCGGCCCAAGCCACCAGAGAGCAGCGAGACUGAAGAGCCAGAAUCCUCCCAGGAAGUGAUCAGCCAUCCUGACGGCAGGGUUGAGAAGGUUCUGGUUGACGGCGAUCGCCUCAUCAUCUUUCCCAACGGGACCAGGAAGGAGAUCUCAGCGGACGGGCUCUCAGCCAAGGUCACUUUCUUCAAUGGAGACACUAAACAAAUCACAGCUGACCAGAGAGUGAUCUACUACUACGCCGAGGCCCAGACCACGCACGUCACGUACCCGGACGGGAUGGAGGUCCUGCACUUCCCCAACAACCAGACCGAAAAACAUUUUCCAGACGGCCGUAAGGAAAUCACGUUCCCAGACCAGACGGUGAAGAACCUGUUCCCUGACGGCCGGGAGGAGAGCGUGCUGACUGACGGCUCCAUCAUACAGGUCAACCCAGACGGAACCAAAGAGAUCCAUUUCAACACGGGCCAGAAGGAGACCCACACGGCCGACUUUAAAAGGCGAGAGUAUCUCGACGGCACAGUGAAGACUGUCUACACCGACGGCAGGCAGGAAACCCGCUACCCCACCGGCCGGCUCAGGAUCAAAGACAAAGAUGGCAACGUUGUCCUGGACAACCGGCUCUAGAAACCAGAGAAACGUUUGCCCAAACACACUCCCAUCCAACUGCAAUGACAUUCCCACAUAUCAGAAACAUUCCCAAUGUUGGCUGAGUGGGAUUUGGUGCUUUUUGACAAUGUAGAACGUACUGAAACUAAAUGUUGUGUCUGGUGUCAAAGAUUUUUCAGUGUCUAUUUAUUUUCUUUGUUUGGUGUGCCUUUUUUUGUACAAAUAAAUUCUG